CAGAGUGAGACCCUGUCUCAAAAAGACAAAAACAAAAAACAAACGAAAAAAUAAUAAUUGUGUAAAAACCACUAGUUUCCUUCCAAUACCUGCCGGCCAGACACAACAACACUGGCUGUGCUUGCGCUGGCCCAGAGCAGGGGAGUUGCCCAAGCCCUGGUCCUCCUUGACGGAAUGAAGCAGCCCAUGUCAGGUCCCCAUCUCUGAGCCACAAGCCAAGAAAACAUGGUCCCGCAGCAGCAGGGAGCAGGCAGGCUUCCUCCUCAGGGCACACUUGCCAAGCGCAAAGCCGCUCCUGGGCUCCUGGGCUUCCGGCUUCUCGGGUCCUAGGCUCCUGGGAUGCGUGGUGUCUCGGCUCCUUACUCUUUGGCUCCAGUCAGCAUCAGCACGAGUGAUAGUUGGAGCCCAGGAGCCCUUUCUUUAGUCUGUUGGCUGUUUACAAGUGUGUUGUUUAGUUUCAGUAUAGUUUUUUGUUUUCCAGUGGUUCCUGAGUUAGUAUCUUCUAGCUUCAUUCCAUGUGGUUAAAGAUACUUCGUAUGAGUUCAAGCUUUCGAACACUGUGCAGCGGCUCUGGCGGCCUCCUUUAUACCGCCUGGGCCGGAUGCCCGGGCGGCUGCUACUGCUGCCGCUGACCUUCACGCUCGGGGUGCGGGAGGUGGAGGUGACCGCGUCGCUCUCCGACUCCUGCUUCUGCUGUCGGACGCGCUGGCGCUCGUCGUCGUCGUCGUCGUCGUCGUCGUGGUGGCGCUGGCGGCCGAGCGCUGCGCCCGGCAGACCCACGCCCGGCAGAAGAACGCGAAAGGCUGGAUCCGCGCCGCCGAGGACCAGAUCCGCGCCCUGGUGGCCGCCGUCUCCCGGCCCCGCCUGUGCUUCGCCGUCCCUGAGGCCCUCGAGUGCUUCGUGGAGCCGCGAGAGAUGCAGCGGCCACUCGUGGUGCUCGGCGUCGGCGUCGGCGUCGGUGUGGCCGAGCUGCUGAUGGACCUUCCGGGGCUGUGCCGGUUCCACCGCCGCAACGGCCUGGGCCGCGGCACCAACGGUCGCGGCCACGCGCACGGGGGCCACGGCCACGCCUCGGGGCGGGAGUCGGGGCAGCGCGCGUGCUCGCCCGGGGAAAGCCAAGCCCGCGCGGCCCGCGGCGAGCUGCGCCCGGAGCAGGAGCACAAGGAGACCAACACCCUGGUGGCCAACAGCAGCAACUUCAACGGGCUGAAGCUGGACGCGGCCAAGCCAGGAAACUCCAGGAGUGAGGACGCAGUAGAGGUGCAGGUGAGCCGCGGGCCUGAGCGCCUGGACCCGAGGGAAGGUGACGCGGCCCCGCAGCUCACGCGAGGCGUGUUUCUGCACGUGCUGGGAGACGCCGUGGGGUCUGUGAUUGUCACAAGAAAUGCCACUCUCUCUCACUUUUAUUGGAAAGGCUGUCCCGAAGGGGAUUUCUGUGUGAACCCGUUUCUCUGACCUCUGCAAGAAUUUGUAGAACUGAUUAACAGUAUGCACGCACCAGUUGCUGAGGCUGGGCCUUGCCCGAUGCUGUAUUUAGACCCAAGUCUUUGUGUGGUCAUGGUUUGUACACUUUUUUCCAUACCUUACCCAUUGCUUAAGGCAUCUACGCUUAUUCUUCUACAAACUGUCCCUAAACAAACUGAUAUCAGAAAUUUGAUAAAAGAACUUCGAGAUGUUGAAGGAGUUGAGGAAGCUCAUGAAUUGCAUGUUCAGCCUCUUGUUGGAAGCAGACUCACUGCGACUGCUCACAUAAAAUGUAAAGACACAACAGUCUACAUGCAGGUGGCUAAAACCACUAAUCUAAUGGACGUUGUUCAUAAUCACAGAAUUCACACUACUACCAUUCAGCCUGAAUUUGCUAGCAUAGGUUCUAAAGCAAGCACAGUCCCGUGUGAACUCGCUUGCAGAACUCAGUGCGCUUUGAAGCAGCGUUGUGGGACACCACCUCGAGCCCAUUGUGGAAAUACAGAAAAGGUUCCAUCGGUUCGCGUUUCUUGUUUAGAACUUAGUACCAAUCUAGAGAAGAAGCCCAAGAGGACUCAAGGUGGAAACACCCCUGCUAUCAUGGUAGAGGUUUUAAAAGUACCGUACAUACCUGAAUCAUCUUUAUGAGUCUUGAAAAAGAGGUGAUGUAUUGACUUUUGCUUUAAAAUCAAGUGGAAAAAGACUCCACUGAAAUUCUAAGUUUGCUAAGCAGUGUAAUUG